CAUUUGGAAUUUCAACAUGUUGCUGUAUUUGGGAUUAGCGUUGAUCCUGUGCCAAUCUAAUGCACUGUUCUUUGGUAAUAACGGGGACAAAUGGGACGCUCUUAAGGUUACAUGGGACAUCAACCCUCUCAGCAGUUUUGCCUUCGCUAGCAUGCCUAGGACGGUGGGUGAGGCGAGAAACGAGGGAUUCACACAAGAGACGUCCAGAUGUGAAGCAUCAGCUUCUAAACCCUUCCUCGGCAGUCGUUACCUGAAGGACGGGGACAAUGCAGUCAUGUUGUUAUAUGAUCGCCAUGGUUACAUUGCCGGCAUCCAAGUUGGUAUUCCGAAAGGCCUUCCUCGUAACUACCCAUCCUCCAUGAUGACUCCUCCGUGGAUCGCUGAAGGGAACAGAUAUAUCCUCACGGCCUAUUUCGUUGAUCCAGCUUCAAUCUGCACCUCUGGUCGUACUUCGGCAAUGUACGAAUCCCAGGGCACAGGAACUGGACUUUACAUUCAGAAUGGAACUGACCCAGUACACAAUGUCUUAAGCAUACCCCAUCAAGAGGCCGCAAUAGCCAACACAAAGUGGACAAAAGGAAAAUGCUUCAAGACGAUGGGAAUGCACUACUGGUACAAUCUUCGUGAGGACAUGAGUUGUGACGACUUCCAACCAAUCUUCCUUCUCUAUAAUAACGGGAAAUUGAACGCCUUCGGAUGGGCCAUCAAUGCGGAUCUCCAGUCACACCGCUUCGAGCAUCCUCCACUGGCGUCUAUUGGGGCGUUCAUGGAGGUUCCGCCUAAGUGUCUGGCAUCUCAGGGACGUUUGUCCACCAUGCACAUCUAUAUGACAGACAACCCUGUCCUGCACGACUGGUGCUAAGUCUCCAGAUCGUAGAACACCGACCAGUCUGUAUAAGACAAUAUCUCAUGUAAAUGAAUAAAAAUGGAGUUA